AUGCACCUCCCAACCUCGUCCCCCUUUAUAAGGCAAACUGCGAACUGGAAGAGAUGCACCACCCCACCCAUGAGCCGCAAGCAGGCCAUCGACCAGGACGACGGCGCGUCGUGGCUGAGCCUCACGGUCGGCGCAAACGGAUCGGCGGAGGCGGCGGCAAACUGCUCCGAGCCUGAGCCUGAUCCUGAGCCCAAGCCUUCUGCUGCCCCACACAAGGUUUUCUCAUGCAACUUUUGCAUGAGGAAGUUCUUCAGCUCACAGGCGCUGGGCGGCCACCAGAACGCCCACAAGAGGGAGCGCAGCGCCGCCAAGCGCUCUUACCAUGCACAGAGGAUGGUGAUGGGGCUGCCUCUCGAGGCGCAUGCCGCCUUUGUGCAGUCCCUGCGAGUUAGCCAGAGCUCAGUGAUUCAGAAGUCCAGCCAGCCAGCACAAAUCAGGACAGCGCCAAGGUUUCAUGAAGAUGGGAUGACCUGGGCAACAAUCCCCUGCGAGGAGGUGCUCAACUCAACAUGGCCAGGAAGCUUCAGAGCGAGGACACAACCUUCAGAGCAACAACCAUCAGAACAAAGUAAGAUAGACUUGAAUCUCAGGCUUUGA